GACCCCUGGCGCCGCGCCGCCCGACUUUCGCAUCGUGAAAAUGAAAGGAGACGGCAACUGCCUGUUCCACGCGCUGUCCCUGCACGAGGGCGGGGACGCCGCAGCUUUGCGGGAGGAGCUGGCAGAAUUCCUGGAAGAGCGUUCUGCCGAACAAGACGAAGAAGAGGAAAUCUGGUUGGAGGAAGCGGCAAUUCUCCGCGGCGAUCCGGCGCACUGCUGGGGCGGAGACACCUCAGUGCUGGCGUGGUCCUUGCUCCGGCAGCGCCGCGUGAACGUGCACUGGCAAGACGAAGAUGGAAAGUUCCACUCCAGUUGCCGCACGCACUGGCGGGUCGCGGAAGACCUCGAAGCAGAAGAUUUCUCGGCGGUGCAUCUGCUCUACAACGGGGUGGACCACUACGACCUGCUGACGGCGACGCCCUCCAAUCAAAUGCCCUCGCAGAGCCCCCAAGAGCGCCUAACGGAGGAGUCCGGCGGCGCACACUCCUCGGCCUUGGGAGGCCAACCUGCUUCCAAGUCACAGCCAAAGCCAGUGCCAGAGAAAGGUGCAAACGAGGAGCAAGGUGGAGUGCUGGAAGAACUGAGCCUGUGCCAGAUCGCUGCAGAAUCUUCGCACCCGCACAGACCGCUCGAGGACGGCUUGCGCAAGCUGGCCGGCGAGCUGCGGGAUUUCCCGACGCUUCCGCCUGGAGCAUCUGUGCACUCACUGGAUGCGGGCGAAGCAUGGCCGCACGUUUUCUGCGCCUUCCAAGAGUGCACAUGGAGCUGCGAGCGCGGGGGAGAACGGGAGUUGACGCAGCAUCUCCGCCAUUCUCACCUGUCCCAGCUGGAGCCGCUGCUGAAGUUGCUGCCCGACCCAAAUGCCAAGGACGCCUUCCUGAGCAUUUACAACCAGGCCGUGGCCAUCAGGUGCCGCGCUCAAGCGCCUUUGGCCGGCUGCUCCCUGGAUCGCAAGGCCUUGCAAUCGUUCUCGGCAGCGACAGCUCGCGACGGGGUGGAGGCGCUGGUCUGUUUCUGCUGCGCCUGCAUCCACACCCGCGUCGCCGAGACAGAAGAGAAGGGGAACAUCAGAUGGCGCCGCCCGCUGCAGCAAGACGCGGCGCGGCCAGAAGCGCCGCCAACCUUCCUUGGCCGGCAGCUGCCCGAAGUGCUGGACAUUCUGGGGCUCGACUCCUUCCUCGAGAAGUACGACCGCCUGGAGGGCGACCUCAAGCUGACCACCUUCGAGGACUUCACCCGCUGGCGGGUCCAACUCCCAGACGGCGCCUUCCUGCUCUGCUGCCCGGAAGAUCACCGCUGCUCCAGGCACCCGGAGCACGCGACGGAAGGCUGCUUGUGCGAGCACUGCGAAGUGCCGAUCUGCAGCGAAUGCCACGAGAACUUGGCGGCGGGCCGGCUUCCGCCUCUCAGCCUGGCCAACGACAUGUGGACCGGGUACGCCCCGGAGCGCCUCUACACCGACAAGGUCACGGUCAUGGAGAUGAUUUGCGCCAGCCCCUGCAUAACCACGCUCGUGUGCAUGUCCAUGGAGGCGCGGUACCGCAGCGAGAGCUCGCCGCUGGACGAGCACGCCCACAUGGCCAGGCACCGCCUCGGCGCGCGGGGCAACGCGUUGACCUUCCCUCUGCCGUGGGAAGACCUCUUGCGGAACCUGCAGGCGCACCACGGCGUGCUGGAAAGCGAAGCAGGCGGGGAGGCGCCCGCCCAGCUGCCGCGCAGCGGACCUGAGCUGGGAAACGUGGUGCGCGUGGUGCUGAAGACCAACAAGACUGCCAAGACCUCGGACGCCGAGAUCAAGAGCUUGAUCCACCAGGCGAACGUGCGCAGAGAGGUGGUCGUGCAGCUGAUCCUCGACAUGAAGAAACUGGGGCACCCGGCCUACCAGGGCGCGGACGAGGUGGCCGUUCGACAGGCGGCCCUAUCUCUGCCUGAAGACGGAGUUCCUCCGGAAGUGCUGAAGGUCAUCGCGGAGAUCGACGACAAGGCGGAGGACCGCUUGCAGCCGCAAAAGGCGGCCACGCCGUCCGAUGCCUUUCUGCAGCUGGAAGAGGCCGGCGCGAUCUUUGCCGCCCAACGAGCCCGCGCCGUGGUGCCGGAAGGCUGGAGCGUGGAUCGCCAGGAUCAGAAUGCAGCGGGAGUGCUGGCCCUGAACGAGCUGGCCGAGCAGUUACGGGAAGCGGAGGACCCGGGCCUCCAUCAAUCGCCGGAAACUCGGGAAGAAGCAGCCCCCAGGGACAAGGUGGCGCAAACUUUCGAGGUGCGGACGGGCAACAAGUUCAUUGACCAAUUCCAACCGAUGUACUUUGCCACGGCUUUCUGCUUCUGCUUCAAGCACGCCACUGCCUGCCCCGACAUUCAGAAGACCAACGCGGCUCAGGACAGCAAUGCGGCGGGCGCGGCGACCCGACGCCGGUCCCGCGACGCCAAGGCGCCGGAGGUCUUCAUCUACGACUGGGCUGCGGCCAUGCUUCGCCGCGUGGAAACCCAAUUCCGCCGGGACUGGACCUUUGGCUUCACGGUUUGGAACUACAUCUUCCGGACCAUGAUCAACCUUCAGAAGAACACCUACAUGUACACCAUCCCGGACGAGCGCGGCGGCCGCCGACCGCUCACCAACGAGGACAUCCUCAAGGGCGUGUGCGAGAUCCAGCAGAAGUUGUGUCGCGGCAAGUACAAGGACGUCACCGGUGAGAUGAAAGCCAUCAAAGGCGAUCUGUCAAAGGUGCGCUACGCGCCCAAUCUGUCCGAGGCCGCCAAGAAGGUCUUGGACAACUGUGAAGCCAGAACUCGCCGGAUCCCAGGAACGCACGAAGUGCGGCAGACCAUGCGCCACCAAACGCACGCCUACAGGGUUUGCUAUGGCACCUCCCUCUUCUUGACCUUCUCGCCGUCCGAGCGGGACACCACGCUCAUGCUGCGCCUGGCCCGCGCGCGCAGGAGCGACCCAGCCAUCGCCCAGGAAGGGUCCAAGAAGUUCCAAGCCAGGGACGAGCCAGAUCUGGAGGUGGAGUUCUGUCGCCUCGACCCGGAAGCCCUUGCGGCCGAGCUCCCGCCCUAUGACGAGCGCAGAGCCAUGCUGGCCAGAGACCCGCUGGCCUGCCUCGAAGGCUUCAAGACGCUUGUGCAGCUGGCGCUCCGGCACCUCCUGGGCGUGCGCUUCUGCCCAUGCUGCCCCGACUGCGUCACCUCCGACACGCCCUGCGUGGAUGCUUUCGGCAGCAGCGCCAUGGCCUGCGGCGGCAUCUUCGGCCGCGUGGAUGCCGUCUUCGGCUCUCUGGAAACGCAAAAGAAUGGAGCGUUCCACGGGCACUUCCAGGUCUUCGUGCAGAACUUUCACCAGUUCACACCGCUGGCCGACAUGCUGAAGCUGAGCACCGGGGACAAGCGUGCUCUACUGCAGAAGUACAUGGCCUACGCGGGGCACGUGAGGCGCUCCGUCUACAGCGACCCCGCGGCCUGGAAGCAGAAGCGGCAUUCCAUCGAAGCCGAGUGGCCCGAGUACCGCAAGUCCACGUUGGUGCUGAGCCGCCCGUCGUAUCAGAAGGACGCAGCGCUGGAAGGAGAGCAGUGGCGAAGAGCGUUCCUGGAAGAAGACGUAGAAGCCUUGCAGCAGCACAAGCAGCACCACGUCCACCUGCCAAAGGCGCUCCAGCAGAAGCAAGCGGCGUACACCGCACAGGCCCUGCGGGCCAAGGCCACCUCCGUCGAGGCCGAAUGGCUGGAGCGAAAAGCAGAAGAGCGGGAAACAGCCUUCCUCGCGACAGACGCGGAGCGUCUUCCUCUGGCCCACUGCAGAGAUCCCCGCGAUCCGACCAAAUGCAAGGCAGGCUUUCCGAAGCCGCAGGAGCAAAUGACCGACGCCGCCGUGCUGGUCUGCGAGGGCUUGGCAAAACACAUGGGCUUGCCGGUCAAGGGCAAAAGAAGCGCGCUGGGCGCUCUCUGGGGCCCCGUCAACGACCCCAACCUUAACGGCACCCACCCUGCGUUGCUGGCAGCGCUCAGGUGCAACUCCGACGUCCAAGUGCCCUACCGCUUCCCGAUCCUGGCGGAGCUGCACGAAGACGAUCUCUGCCAGGAAGAUUGCGCGGCCGGCGCCGACCCCCGUCAGGUCGUCAAGCAAGCCCAGCAGAACCAGGCGGCGCAGGCGGGCUACGGCUGCGACUACAUGAACAAGAGACUGGCCAUCGCCGUGCAGGAAACGAAAGAGUGGCAGAAAGCUCAGACCGAGCUGGCCAAGGAGCUGGAAGGCAAGCCCACCGGCUACGCUAUGGGCAGGCACAGCAAGCGCCUCGCCACCGAUUGCUGCGCGCGGGGCGUCUGCCGGGCCUCUGUGGAAUGCGUCAACCUCGUGGACCACGCACGCAGCACUGAUUGCACACGCGCUGAGUCCAUCAAGACAGCGCAAGUCACGGACAUCGCCUUAGCUUACGGGCUUCGCCUGUUGGAUGCAGCUGUUGCUCGGGAGCCCCUACCCACGGAGCCCCGCCGAAUUCAGACAGACUCCAGGCACACAGGCUUUUAUGGCAAGAAGAAGUGCGCCGAGUGCCCGCCGUGGACGUUGUACGGAGAGCGCGGCCGUGAUCCGCGAGUGCACGAGCUGUGUGCCUUCGAAUUUGCGCGCCACUAUCACUACAAGCUUGCGUCGCAACCUUUUUCUGUGGCGCGGGAGGUGCAGGAGCCGGAGAAAUACCACGUCUUCCUUACCCAGGCCGGCAAAGCCAAGCUGAGGAUUGGAGUGGCCAUAACCAAGCUGCUUGCAGGGCUCGACUACCAGAUCAAGGAGCGAGGUGGAGUGGAUUGGCUGCCGCUCGGUCAUGGCGAGAGAGCCCAGCCAUAUCGACACGACUGGAUCGUGGAGCUCCGCAAGCGCCCCCAUGUGCCCGUGAUCUACGGUGCCCAGGGCUGCCGGACGGAGGAGGAGCAAGCUCAGAAAGUCAUGCUGCUCUUCUGCCCCUGGACCACCAACGCUGCCGAUGCCACGGACGCGGUGCCCUUCAUCAGCGACCUCCGCGGCGGCGCUGACAGCUGGCGGGACGCCUUGAAGCUUUGGUUCGCGAGGCGCGGCUUUGCCACUGAGACCCUCAGGCACUACAUCUUGAAUUUCUGCUUCGUCUACUGCCUGCCUCGGGAGCUGCAGUCCAACGGCGAACUGGCGGCCAACAGCGACAACGAAGGCAUCGAGGACCCGGUCAGCCGUAAUUCCUUUGUGUCCUUUAUGUUCGUGUCGAUUAAUGACGCCCCGGCAAUCUUCGACAGCGCCGACCUGGAAGCAGCCAUGGCCACGCAUGUGCGGGGCAGUGGCCGUGCAGAGGCAGACGACCCAGCUGAUGCUGCAGCCGCGAGCAGCAGCACGGACCCCACCCUGCAGCACACCAUGACCAAGCAGAUCUUCGAUCUAUCUUCAUCCAUUUGGCUUCCGUCCUCUGGCAUCGAGGAAGACCAGGCCGCGGCGGAGAAGCGCAAGGGCUUGGAAUCCUGCAAGGGCGUGGAGUGCCCGGAGCGCCUCUUGAAGGCGGCGCAGGCCUCGCGCUGUCAAGCAGCCACGGCAAGCGCCUUGCAGUCCCGCGCCGCGUUGGGCAGUGUGGAAAAGCCACCACACGUGCUGCAGCGACCGGCAGUCAGCUCCGAGCAGAUGCUGAACUGGCUGCACAGCGAUCGAGUUCGAAGCCGCAUCAACGCCAAGCAGCACGAGCUCCUCUGCCUGCUCGUUGACCGAGUGCUCGUCGAGCACGGCUUGCUCCACCCACAGGACAGCAUCCUGGAACGCGACAAGCCCUUGGUGUGGCUCCUGCACGGCGGGCCUGGCACCGGCAAGACCUGGGUCCUCGAGUCCGUGCACGAGCUCUUCGGCAUGCUCGGGUACGCUCAGGGCGUCGAGUACGAAGUGACUGCCUUUCAAGCCGCGAAUGCUGCGGACUUGGCCGGCAAGACCUUGCACAGCGCCUCCGGGCUCAGCGUCGGCGCCUUCACGGAUCAAGCGGCCAGCCGCGACACGGCGAAGCGCCUGUCCUACUGGCGCUGGUUGAUCAUCGACGAGAUCAGCAUGGUGAACGCCAGGCUUUUGGCACAGGUGGAGCAGAGGAUGCGCGCGGUCAUGCCUUCGGCCAAUGCCUGGAAGCUGGACGAGCACGGAGACGUGCGAGCCUUUGCCGGCGUCAACACGGUUCUGAUGGGCGACUUUCACCAGCUCAAACCACCGGAAGGUGGCUUCCUGGGCGACGUGCCUGCAAGCCUGAAACUUCCGGCCGGCGCGCAAGAAGCCGCGAACCAAGAUCUCCUGGCGGAGUACGGCCGGCAGCUGCUCUGGGGCGGGUCGACACAAGGCGUCACCGAGCUGAUCGAGCGGCAGCGCUGCCAGGACGAGUGGUGGAACGAAGUGGUGGACGAGUUUCGCAACGUCAGCCUGUCCGAAAACAACCACAAGUACCUUCACGGCAUGCCAGUGGAAGGCUGCACGCUCAGCCAGGCAGAGCGGGACUCGAGGCGUCGGGUUAUUAUGUCCGAGAACGACCCCCGCCUGAAGGAGCAGAAGUUCGUGGAAGCCUUCGUCGUGGUCGCCAACAACGAUGCCCGGUACCAGAUCAACAAAGACCGGGCGCGCGCAUAUGCGCAGGCCGCGGGCACGCCUCUCCGCUACUCGGUAGCGCUGGAUCUGGCGAGCAACGAGGCACUGCAGGCGGAGAACUGCGACAAAAGUGCCAAGAUCCGAUGGCUGCAGUACCACGACCGGGACACCGCGGACCUCUGCGGCAUGCUGCCCCUGGCCAUCGGCAUGCCGGUGGCGCUGACGCAGCACCUCGACCGCUCCCAAGACAAGCUGCUGCUGAAGGGUCGCGUGGGCCGCGUGCACUCCUGGAUCUGGCAUGACAACGACCGGCAGCCCAAGGUCGUGUACGUCAAGUUCGACGAUGCCAAGUGGAAGCUGGACGGCGCGUCGGAGCCGGGACUGUAUCCCGUGGAGCUGAAGAAGCGCGCGUGGCACCUGGACGCGAAGAGGAAGAAGUCCGUGCUGAAGAUCGUCAGGCAGCAGAUUCCCUUAGUGCCGGCCUUCGCCAUCACGGCGCACACCAGCCAGGGCAAGACGCUGCUGGCCGCGAUCCUGGACCUCGCCAUCGACAAGCGGACGGACCCCACCCUGGGCACGGUGGCAGUGAGCCGCGUGCGCAGCCGGCACGACGUCCUCAUCAUGCGGCCCUUCCCGCUCUGGCUCUUUCAACGCGGCGCCCCAGAAGGACCGAAGCUCUUGUUGCAGAGCCUGCGUGGUGAAGAAAUCGACUGGCAGACCUAUCGGGAAGCCCGUCGACCUUCGGCGACCUGCCAGACAUGCAGGCACGUCAAAGUCGUGGAGUCUUUCUCCAGCGCACAGUGGGAGAAGGUCCGCGCCAACCUGCCGGCCACCUGCCUGGCUUGCAUCAACGCAGAGAACCCCAAGGCCCCGAGGAAGCGUAAGUACUCGAGCGGCCCUGCCAAUUUGGAGUGCAGCGUCUGCAAAGUUGCCAAGAUAGAGGACGCCUUCCCACGUGCCCAGCUGAAGCAGAAGGAUGCUCCGGCCAAGCGGCGCUGCCUUCAGUGCGUGAAAGCUGCAGCCACCCUGACCUGCGCCAUAUGUGGCAGCAACAAGCCUGUAGAUGAAUUCGAAGCAGCCAUGGUGACCCUGCCAGCGGAGCGUGUGGCCUGCCGCGCCUGCCAAGAUGAAGCAAAGCACAAAGGAAAUACCAAGUCACGCCAAGGUUGGUUUACGUGCAAAGGCUGCAAGCAAUUCUUCCAAGAAGAGCAGGGCGAUCUGAAGCGACAACAAAUGUGUGAGAAUUGCUCCUCUCGCAGCACCCGCGUCACAAACAAGCAGAAGUGCCGGAGCUGCGGCAAGAUGUUCGAGCAUGUGCAGCAGAAAGGGCAGCUGCGAGUCAGGACCUGCCCUAACUGCAGACGAUCCACUGCCUCUUCCAAGACCGGGUAG